CGUUUCCAGUCAGAGUCGCUUCUUCCCGGACGCUCCUCGCUGUGGCAUUUCGAAAUAAGGGAGACAGAAGGACGAGGAAAGGAUGAGACUCCUUGUGAGAGCAGCUUUGUCUCUAGUGGUGCUGUGCUGUCUGACGGAGCGCGCGCAAGGUGCCCCCAAGGGCAGGUACGCGUGGGUCAGAUGCAACCCGUUCGGCAACAAGAGCAACUGUGUGACACACAUGGGCCCAUGGAUCGACCUGCCACAGCCCAGCAAGGCUGGAAAUCCCGGCAACGUAGAGAAGACACAAGGUACCUUGGACCCAGAGGACCUAUCGGGUGAUGGAUCCGGUGCCAGAGAACUCUCCAACGCCGUGGACGAGUCAGACCAGUGGCCAAAAGACGAGCAGAAACUGGAGCGUUCCAUAUCGGAGGAGGGCAGCGCAGAGCCAGAUCUUGGCAGUGGAGAGUACGACUACUCCAACUUCAACUUCCCCACAAGAGUGCAGCUGGAGAAGAGCAAUCCGCCUGAAAAGGAGCUUCAAGAGGAAAACCUGAUCCUGUAGAUGACUGGAAAAGGAAAUGUACCAAGUUAUAUCUGAUGCUGGUUUAUCAGUAUACCAUAGUACCACGUGGGCCAAAGCUCAGGAUUCAAUUCUUACCCUUACUAUCACUUUUUUUUUAAAUUUUGUACAUGGUUUUUUAAAUUUAUAGUUUUCUUAUAUGAGACCAGUGCUUUAUAUUUUUGAUAAAUCUGGGAAAUGUAUUACUCCAAACAGUGUUUUGUUGUGUAAUUUUGAAAAUUUUCUUCUGAAGUUAACUCUAUAAAGAUUAUAUAAAGAAGCAUAUACAUUAAUUCUCUACCAACCUAUA